AUGCACACCAAGAGAGACCUCGGCAAACCACUUAGGUUUGCAUUGCUAGGGCCACAUGGCUCCUCUAAAUCGUCAUUGGUUUCCAUCCUUUCAAACAACAUGACUCUUGAGAACUACUAUCCAACGUUGUACAACUCACCCAUCUUGGUUGAAUUCCAGCCGCCAAACAAGAGAGCAGGAGUUCUACUAGAUCCGGUUUCCACCUUAAAUGAUCUCUCCAAAGUGGGGGUCACCAACGACAAGAAGAGUUCAAUUAUGUUACCAGAGUACAUGCUACGCAAGCUGGAAAGGAAGCAGAUUGACAAAUUGAAACGCAAGGAUAUAAUGGCCCAACCGAACGGCCACCCGGGUCCAACAACGGUGUCUCCCAAGGAGAGGGAGCCUAUUGUUGUGGAAUUGAUCGACACCCCGGGUGUGGAAGCCGACGACUUGAUUCCAUUCUUGGAGAAGUCUCUCGACUGCAGACUCUCAAAGGAUGUUUUAAACAACUUGGCCAAUGGAUACAACACCAACUACCGGUCUCGGGUGAAACCCCUUAUCAUUGGUUCCGGUAUUAGUGACAUGAAUGGAUACAUGGACGGAUAUAUUCUCACCUAUAGUUGCGUUCCGCAGGACCCACUUCCGCCAGCCUACGAGGCCUCCCAGAGCACUCCUACAAGAAAGACAGCCACACAGUUAGACAUUGUCCGUGCAGUCCAUGAUUCUAUUGAGGAUGCAUGGAAGGAAUGGACCGUUUAUAAUGAGGGCUGGAAAACCGGUGGGGAAACAGAGGUAAAACAUUCCUUCUCGAGCCGGUUCAAGAGAGAAGCAGACGCAACUGUCCCAGGAGUGGUUGCAAUGAUGUCGAGUUCAGGGAUGCCGCCCAUAGUUCUUGUGUGUACACAUAUUGAUUCGCCAUUGGCGUCUCCCAGACUUAUUGAGGAAGGCCGUGAAUUGGCCAGAAAAUGGAAUGCUGCGUUUGUUGAAUGUAGUUGCUCUCCGAUAAAGAGGGAGUGGGAAAAUGUCUAUGAGACAAUUGCCGUUGCCAUUCGUUUAGCGGAAGAGAAAUACCCUAGAGCUUCCAAAUGA